AGACGAAGAGGGCAAAUUUUUAGAGAGAGACACGCGCGAACUGCACACACCAUGUUAUCCUUCCACCAUGGCACAGACACAGUAUACAGUAGCGCAACUCUCUUUGAUAUGUGAAGCCAAAAUCACAGUGCGCAGACGCAAGCUCGGUCACUUUACACGGUAUCGCCAUCUGAACUUCUCUCUCACUUACUCUUCUGUUUUCCGUCUUUCUCGUUUAGAAAUUGGCGGGUAUUAGCUGCUUGCCUAUCGUUGAUGUUUUGCGAAAUAAUAUUUUAGAUAUUUAAAGAGAAAUAGAAUAAGCAAAAGUGAAGUAAAGUGAAGUAAAGUGAAGUGAAGUAAAAUAAAGUGCAGUGAAAUAAAAGGAAGAAAGGAAAUAACAUUUAACCUUAAAGAGAAUUGUGAAUCUGUACAACAUAUAAUAUUGUACAGAUUUUCAAUUCUCUUUCAGAAAACUCUUGCACUUUGAUCUUAGCUCUGUUUCAGAUACAAGAAGAAAACACAGAAAUUAGAGAGAAAAUGAGUGAAAAAAGUGUAAAAAAGUGUUCUAUAAGAGGUUGUCCUGGAAAUCUGAAGAAAGGAAGACAUGUAUUUAAAUUUCCAAAAGAAUAUGACAGAUGGUUGCAAUGGGUGCAUUUAAGUGGAAGACUGGAUUUAGAAGAAAAAGGUCCAGAAUAUUCUUUUAGAAAUUGUCGACUAUGUCGUCUACAUUUUGAGAAGAAAUGUUUUAAAGUUAAUAAAAAGAGAAUUCUUCUUCAGCCAGAUGCCAUACCCACAAGAUUUGGAAAAGAUUUGCAGGAGUCAUCAACUAAAAUAAUUGAUGUAGAAACAGAUGCAGAAGCAGAAAAGGACGCAGUAUGCAUGAAUGAAGGAGAAAGCAUACAAGAGCAAACAAGCUUUACAACAGAAGAAGAAGAAGAAGGAAAUAAAACUGACAACAAUAUAGAAAAGGAAAUGGACUUUGAAAUUGUGAAACCAAGCACGUCUAAUACAUUUUGCAAAAUAAUGAUGUCGAAAGCAACGAUGACAUCGAAAAGAAAGAAUAGCUCUACAAAGGAACAAUUACGUACAAGGAUAGAGAAAUUAAAAUUAAAGAAUAAGGUUCUCCAACAAAAACUGCGACGUCUUGAGAAGAAACAAAAAAUCACUAAAGGAUCACGAAGAAACGAAAAAGAUGAGCAUUGAUGGGACUAUGGGGAAACCAAAUAAAAUGUAAAAAGCUGAACGGUCGUAUUCCAGUUCUAUAUUGUCUUCUUUCUUCUUUUCUUUCUUUCUGGAUUGUACUCAGCGUAAAUAACUGAAGUACGCUCUGGAAAGACAGAGAAAAGGUAAGAAGAAAGUAAGUAUGACUGUAAGUUAGAUAUUAGCGAAUUAGUUAUAUUAUGCGUCGAUAUUAUUAAUUUGGGUUUUAUACGUUCAAUUUAUACUUAUAAUUGUAAUAAUAGAAUUUUUUGAAACAAAAUGCGUAUCUUCAAAUACACAUUUCAUUUAAAAAACUCAAGUAUUUUUUUAAACGAUAUGUAAAUUUCCAAUGUAUAAGUAUGUUUCAUUGCAUUUUAUCGAUUUUGUAUGUAUUAUUAUAUAAUAAUUUUACAUUUUGUGCUCAACAACUUUUUUAACUUUAUUUUCUUUUUUUCUGGAUCGUACAGAGGUGGACCGAGUAGCUGAAGUACGAUCUAAUGAAAGAAACUUUUAGUCAUACACAUAGGGUGUCAGGUAACGAUCGCCCGUGGUUUCGUGGAUUGAUAGAUCAAGUAAAAAUGAGCACAAAAGUCCUUUACCAUUUUUUAAUAUUUGCCAUAGUUAACGAAAUAAAAAUUAAUAAUUA